AUGCUAAAAUCAAUUAAAAGAAAGUUGAAUUCCAUCACUGAUCGCGAUAAUAACAAUUAUGAAGUAUUUUACUCUCUUAAACCCAUCAGAUAACAAUUGAUUUAUUAAAGCGAGGAGAUUUCAUUAAAACUGAGUUGGAUUUUCUAAUGAAAAAUUUUGGCAAUUUAAAAUUCUUCGAAGAAUAGAAAGCUAAAUUACCACUAUACCUUUAUACAUAAAUAUAUAAGAACCUUGAUUACCAGUAUGUCUAAUAAUGUGAAACUGUUUUUAAUUAUGGUAUUUUGUUGCCAUCUCAAACAUAGGUGAUAUGGGAUCCACAUUUUAUAUUAUACUAAAGGGAUAAGUGAAUGUACUAUUACCAAAACCACAAGUUUAGGAUGAUCUUAAAUAUGGUAGGGUUACAAUAGAGGAAUUGCAGUAAAGAAUAGAGAAUGAGAAGUCAAAUUAAUUUAGUGACUUUAAUGAGUUUUUGUAGGUAGUAUAUCAAGACUUUGUAAAAGUGAGAAAUCUUAGUGCUGGUGAUACUUUUGGAGAUUUAGCCUUAAUAACAAAAUCCAAAAGAACAGCUACAAUUCUCUGUUACACAGAUUGUCAUUUUAUGAUAUUACAUAAAAAUGCUUUUGAUCGUAUUUUGUAUGAACAUCAUAAUUCUAUUCUAAAGUAAUAAUUAGCUUUUUUUGAAAAUAUCUCUUAUUUACAUGGUAUACCAGAUUAACAUUUAACAUAAUUGAUGCAUUAGAUGAUUGAAUUCUCACCUUAAUUGAAUAGUACAAUAUACAAAGAGAAUGAAGAAUCACAUUCAGUAUAUUUUAUAAUAAGUGGAGAAGUAGAAUUAUCUUAUUAAUUAAAUAAUUGGUAAAGGAUAGUAAUAUCUUUAAUGACAAAGGGAGCUAUAUUUGGAGAGGAAGAAGUACUUAAAGGAAUUAAGAGAACUUAAAAAGCUAUUUGUAAAAGCAAUGAAACUGUCUUAAGAACAUUAAGUGCAUAGUAAUUUAUGUCAACAUUAGAGAUUCAUAAUUUAAAAUCAGCAUGUUCAUAGUAAUCUAAUUAGAAAGCUUAGAGAUAAUCAAAAUAAAUAUUAUUGAGAAGAAAAGCUACAGAAUCUCUAUUACUUUGUUGUCCUGUUACUAAAAAGAGAGAUAGUAAUUUAGAUUCUGAAAUAACUCGAUUUCAUUCAACUAGAUAAAUUUCACUUAGUAAUCGUUUUUAAUUAAAUCCUCCAAUUACACAUUCUAAUUGUCUUUUUCCAAUUUAGAUUCCAAAUUAUUUAAAAUUAAUGCCUUAGAAUCAGAAACCUACUCCUUUAUUAUCAAGACAAGGAUCAAAUUUCAAUCGAUUAAAGAAUAUGUUGAAAACUGAAAGAAGUGAAGGGAAUAUACAAUAGGGAUUAUCUUAUUUUUCUCAGUGUUCUUCUCAUCAAUAAUAAUAAUUAUCUCCUAAACAAAUUAUUAAUAUCCAUGUUGAGAGAUUACGUAAAUCUAGAUAUAAAUGA